CACUGUGAAACCUGCUGGACAUCGCCAUCCCCCUGCCCAGCUCCCCCACUGUGGUCUGUCUCAGAUAUAUUGUCCCCCCCACCCCCUCGCCCUCCCCUCCUUAAUCUCCCAGAUUGUCGGCGACUUGCUGCAGUCGAUGCUGCAGUUUUGAGCCGCUCCUGCACCGGGACCGCUGACUCAAUGAGAAAGAGAUGCUCGCAUUCGUUUUGGUGUCUGGGUCGCUCUGGAUUAUAUUAGAGCUGAGUUCCACCCUGAUGGAGAAGAUGCAGGCCCAGGAGAUGAUGAGCGGCCUGAGGAUACCGGAGAUGGACGAGCUUGGCCAGUUCUUUCGCUCCUUGCCGACCUCCACACUGGUGGGCAUCGGCGCUCUUACUGCCGUGCUGGCGUACUGGUUGGCCACCAGACCCCGUCCCAUCAAGCCCCCUUGCAGCCUGCUGCACCAGUCCGAGGAGGUGCCGCAUGAAGGUGGAGGUCGCAGGUCCAUGAUGGGUGACAGCUCCAAGCUGCUGACUCAUUACCAUGACGACGCCAAGACCAUGUAUGAGGUCUUUCAGAGAGGCCUCCACAUAUCUGGUGAUGGACCUUGCUUAGGCUCACGGCUCCCCAACCAGCCUUACAAAUGGAUGUCCUACAAAGAGGUGACCGCCCGGGCUGAACAUCUGGGUUCAGGCCUUCUGCACCAGGGCUGCCAGCCCAACCCAAACCAGUUCAUCGGAGUGUUUUCCCAGAACAGGCCAGAGUGGAUCAUCUCCGAACUAGCUUGCUACACCUACUCCAUGGUGGUGGUCCCCCUUUAUGACACACUGGGCCCAGAUGCUAUACGGUUCAUCAUUAACACUGCUGACAUCUCCACCGUCAUCUGUGACAAAGUGGACAAAGCUCAGGUGCUUCUGGAUAACGUGGAGCGGAAGGAGACGCCGGGCCUGCGGAGAAUCAUCCUGAUGGAUGCUUUUGACGUCGCCCUCGUGGAGCACGGCAAGGGCUGCGGCGUCCACGUGCAGGCCAUGCAGGAAGUCGAGGCUCUGGGCAGAGAGCACUACAGAAACCCUAUACCACCGGAACCAGACGACCUUUCCAUUGUGUGUUUCACCAGCGGAACCACAGGGAACCCAAAGGGAGUCAUGCUGACCCAUGGGAAUGUGGUGGCAGAUUUCUCAGGCUUCCUCAAAGUGACAGACAAAGUCAUUUUCCCCAACCAAGAUGAUUGCCUCAUUUCCUUCCUGCCACUGGCUCACAUGUUUGAGAGACUCAUUGAGUCUGUGGUUUACUGCCAUGGAGGACGUAUCGGGUUCUAUCAGGGCGAUAUCCGUCUCCUCCCAGAUGACAUGAAGGCCUUGCGGCCGACCAUUUUCCCUGUGGUGCCUCGACUGCUCAACCGCAUGUAUGACAAGAUCUUCAGCCAGGCUAACAGCCCGUUGAAACGCUGGCUGCUCAACUUCGCCGCAAAGAGAAAAGGUGCUGAAGUCAGCAGUGGGAUCAUUCGCAGUGACAGCAUCUGGGACAAAAUCUUCUUCAGUAAGAUUCAGGCCAGCCUGGGAGGAAGGUUGAGGAUGAUUAUAACAGGAGCCGCUCCUACCUCGCCCACUGUCCUGGGAUUCCUCAGAGCAGCUCUGGGAUGUCAGGUGUACGAGGCGUACGGCCAGACAGAGUGCACAGCUGGCUGCACCUUCACCACACCUGGAGACUGGACCCCAGGUCACGUCGGGGCCCCGCUGCCUUGUAACCUCAUCAGACUGGUGGAUGUUCCUGAGAAGAACUACUUUGCCUCUAAGGGAGAGGGAGAGGUUUGUGUGAAGGGACCAAACGUGUUCAAGGGCUACCUCAAAGACCCGGAGAGGACGGCCGAGACGCUGGACGCAGACGGCUGGCUUCACACCGGAGACAUCGGCAAAUGGUUGCCUAACGGCACACUGAAGAUCAUUGACAGGAAGAAGCACAUCUUCAAGUUGGCGCAAGGCGAGUACAUCUCCCCUGAGAAGAUCGAGAACAUCUACAUUAGGAGUCAACCUGUGGCACAGCUAUAUGUUCAUGGAGAUAGCCUGCAGUCCUGUUUGGUGGGAAUUGUGGUCCCUGACCCUGAAGUCAUGCCUGAAUGGGCCAAGAAAAAAGGCAUUCUAGGCACCUACAAGGACCUCUGUAAAAACACAGAAUUAAAGAAGGCAAUCCUUGAAGAUUUGGUGCGUCUCGGCAAGGCCAGUGGCCUCCACUCUUUUGAGCAGGUGAAGAACAUCUACAUCCACAACGAGAUGUUUUCCAUUGAAAAUGGCCUCCUGACGCCGACUCUAAAGGCCAAGAGGCCGGAGCUGAAGGAGUUCUUCAAGGGGAAGAUCGACCAGCUCUAUAGCAGCAUCUCCAUGUGAAGGCCGGCAGACCUCAUUUUUCUUCAAGCAUCUUAACACUAAGAUCUGCUUUGGCCUGCAUUGGACAAAGAUGUGACACCUUAGGCUUAACAUGCUUUGGGAAAGCAAACCAAACCUGGCCCAAACAAAUCAAAGAAAUAAAGUGAAAUAUAAUACACAUCUUUAUGUGUAUUUCCUUUUUAUGUGCGCAUUUAUUGUGUCAUAAUUACAUGAAAGCACAUGAUAAAAGGAAAAUGAUUUAGCUUUUUGUCUGAAUUUAAACAAAUUAAAAUUAGCUAAGUGGUGAGAUUUAGUGUUGUCCAGCAGAGGGCGACAUAGACUUACAAUACUAAAUACAAAGCACUGUCAUUAGUUUUCAUAAGGCUAUGCAAAGGACCUACAUUUCUGAGAGGGAAACACAUUGUCGAUAUCAAAAUGAAAAAAAUCAACUGCCAAUCACAACCUUGAGAGUGGGGCAAUGGGUGGAGCUUAGCAUUGACAGGUGCUAAUGGCAGCCAUGACAUUUUUCUCCUAUACUAGAUAAUCGGUGCAGCCAGACCUUUCCCCAGCACUAACGCAGUGCUGUGGAGAUAGGUCUAGCUAUACGAGGCUAAGCCAGAGGGACACUGCUAUUGACUGUACAUUUGCUUACAUUUGUGACUGACUGUUUGCAGUUUUAAGAAUUGGACUGUCCUGCAGGAGGCCACUUAGAGGGAUCUUCUUGACCCAAUUCUUGGUAAGUGUUGGCAGGUGGUUAGCUUGUGUUAGCUUCCAGUAAACACUGAAUGGUUUAAUAGAGGAGGAUAAGCUACUGCCAGUAGAUGUCCGCAAGGUAGAUAGCUAAACAACAAAAAGUGGUGAAUUUCAAGUGACCUCCUUUACUGAAGUUGCUCUCUGGUGGACAACACUUUGUUUCCUGUGAUGUGAUUUGAUUUGAAUGUGGAAAUGGAAAAUCACGUCACAAUGAAAAACAGUUCAGUUAUUAAACACAAAAAGCUGAAGAAUUGUUAUUUUAACAUGUUUUUCAUUUGAUUAUGUCACUAAAUGCAGAGGAAAUACACAUAAUAUGUAUUGUAUUUCACACUAUUUCUUUGUUUGAUUUGUUUUAAUUUAGGCAUUUUAAAUCUUCCAUACAUUGCUACCUGCUAUCCACCCAAACAAACCAUCAAACGCCCUGCCCCCAGCACCAGAAACUCAUCGGCACUUUUACGUUGAGCAGUCCAUUCCUACUUCCUGUCAGUUUUGCUUCUCUUCUCUCCUCCCUCUGUUUAAACCUACCAGCCAAACACAACCCCACAGUCGUACGACAGCAAGUGUGAUGUCUUUGUGUAUAGCGUAGCUCAAGGCGAUGUCUAGAUCUGUGACAAUGCUGACACCUUGUGGGACAGAUAUGAACUUCACCCUCAGUGGAAAAUAGAUUUUCAUUUGACUGAACAAGCUGCUGAGAGCAGUGCCAUUAAACAGGGCCUGAUAAAUCUACCCUGAUCUGACACAGCAAGGAUUAAAUUUAUUUUCAACCCCGACAUUUUGCAGAUGUUUGACAUCUAAAUUAAGAUAACGAGGCAGGGAGAGUAGCAGCUCCUGCCUUACAAAUCAUUGCUGUCCACACUAUUUUAUGUGGAGCAUCUGAAUGUUUGAGCCACAUCCAAAUCGCGGUUCCUGCCAUGUAUUCACUCUGUCAUUAAGUCAUCUCUACAUGGCUGUGAUCAGCAUUUUAGUGUGCAUGCUCCUUGUUUAUAUGAAGGACUGGCCCACUGUAACAAUCAUCUAUGUUCACACUCUGCAGUUGGUUCAAUCACAACUUCCUUUACAUCCAUCUUUGCACAAAGAGUAUGUCAGGUAAAAGAAAAAAGAAAUAAUGCAAAACCAGGGCUCAGGGCAAUGCAUGCAGUUUGCCCUGCAAUGCUGGGACCAUUAGCAUUUGACUUGACAAAGAAGUAUUUCGUUGUGGCCAUUAAUAGCAGGUGGUAUGCAGCUGACCACAGCCACUGCUGCUAGUGCAAGGCUUUGUAAUGUAGGCAAAGCUGAUGACUUUCACUCACUGAAGGAAAAUAGAACAACCAUCAACUUUUAAACAAAAUAAACACUUUUUUUUGGAGGGUUUACACAUAGAAUCAAUGUAUAGGCUUUUUAAGUUGAUUACCAUCCCAAAGCAUAAACAAUGUGGAUGUACAUAAAUGAGGACAGCUAGAUGUAAGCAUAUUUAUUAAAUCAAUGGUUUGAAUGGAUUUUUUUUCUCUCUUUUUGCGUGUAGUGAGAUGAAUUGUACUUAUUUAUUUAUCUAUUCUGCUGUAAAAUGGAAUCAGCACCAUAUCCUUGUAAUGAUUGAGUGCAGCAAUAGGGA